AUGUUACAUAGAGAAGCUAAUAGUACACUAUUAGAAUUAUUUCCAGAACAAAAAGCAAAGUUACGUGAAAUAAUCAGAAGAUAUCCUUUAGAAAUUCAUUAUAACCUUAAUGAUAAUAACAAUCAAGAACUGGAUGAAGAAUUGAGUAGUGAAGAAAGUUCAAGCAAUGAAGAAUCAGAAAGUGAAGAGUCAGAAAAUGAAGAAUCAGAAAACGAAGAGUCAGAAAUUAAAGAAUCAGAAAGCGAUAAAUUAGAGAAAGAAAUUCGUACAAGCUCUUCUAAAACCCUAUAUACUUGA